UGAAAGUGACGCAACUGAGGUAUGUUCCGAAUCCUUCUUUCUAAUUUAUUCUACUUCGGUUAAAAAAAAAAACUCUACCAUUGAGCAUGUUACUUGAAAUCUCGAGAGUGAAAUAUUGAGAUGUCUUUGGUCACAAAAUCCCUGUAAGAAUCAACAAUAGAAGGACACCGUUCUGAUCCCUAACAGAUAUAUAGUAAGAAAAUUGUGGGGCCAGGUCUGUUUAAACUUUGGCUUUACUAUGUAACAAGGCAAGCUACUCUAUCCCACCAAGGCGCCAAAAGGAAGUUAGCUUGUGACAUGAAAACAAACUGACUCAAUCUUCCCUAGCUGUCAAUCAGAUAUGGAUUCUCUUCUUUUCAGUCUGGAUAUGUUUCUCUAUCUCUUUUUUUUUUUGUAAUUUCAUUUGCUUUGAGGUAUUGUAUUUUUUUUUGUGCACCUUUGAGGUAUUGUAUAUAGUAAGUACCUUUAUAAGAUGAAGAAGAUCACCACUAAUUGGCUUCUUGGUAAGGAGAUAAUACUUAACAAGGAAGAAAGUUUUAGCUUUAGCUUCUUUUUUCACAAGUUUUUUUUUUAACUUCUGCUUUGUUACAUUCUUAAUUGAUUAUCUUAUUUCUUAAAUAAAGGAAACAUCCAAAGGAUUUAAGAUAGUGGUAAGGAAAAAAAAAAGCUAGUGGUAAGGAAAGGAAACUAGUAGGCUUGCUAAUACUCAGUCGCAAAAGGUAACACAAUCCUAUGCUUUUGUAAUUGCUUAAAAUAUAUGUUUAGAGAGAAGGUUGUGAGGUCCCCAAUGUUUGCUGCAUGAAAACUCACAAAUCAAAGCAAAGAAAAAAAAAGUUACUUAACAGGGCCCAUAUGUUACGUAAAGAUAUGUUUUUUCAUAGCUUUCUCUUCCUCGUGCUUGCUUUCUUUUUUUUUCUCUCUACGUGGACACCUACGUAUGUAUUAUGUAUGCUGCUGCUUUGUGUGUUUCAUCUUUAAAUAAGACCAAUCACGGAUUUGUCUUCCAAAGGUAUAUAGAAACAACUUAUAAGCUUUGUUUGUUAGCUUCCCAUUUCGCUUUCCCCCCUUCUUUUAGCCUCUUCUGUCCAAAGAUCUCUUCCUCUAUUUAUGUGACAGUCACUUCACCAACUUCAUGGAUGUUCUGCUCAGUUUAUUCUUUGGUAUGGUUGGUCAGUUUUUCAUGUUGAACAGGAAGCUGUAGGGACAUUAUUAGGUUGGUUGGAGUAUGGGUGGAAAUGGGUUUAGAGCUGUUGUGUCUCUUAGUAUUAUUGUGUUUCUUCUUGUCGGUAUCUUAGCAAGCUCUGCAACAAGUGUUCCAUCAACAGAUAAGGUCAAGAAUUUGCGGUUUAGAAGCAAGGAUACGAAUCUGUUUCCCGAGAGCAAGCGCAAAGUUCCAAAUGGACCUGAUCCUAUCCACAACAGGAAAGCAAGAACUUCAAGACUGCCACCAAGAGUUUGAUUUAGCUCUCCAAUACAUACGACGUAUAUGCUGUAAACUCAUAGCUUGUGAACCCUUGCUCUGCUUUUGCUAAAGAUGAAUCCUCUUCUUGCUGAGGAAGCAUUAUGGAAUGUGAAGUAUUGCUCUCUUUUUCUUUUUGGGAACAUUAUGUCUGAAGAUUGAAUACUUUUAGAAGUGAAGAUUGAGGCUGAUAUUUUUUUUUUUUUUCAGAGCUUUGUAGGUUUUUGUAAUAACACUUUGUAUUAAUUAUAGGCUCAUGUCUUUAUCCAACUCUCUUGUUUUCCUCUUUACCUGUUCUUUUUAAAUUUAUGAAGGUUAAAGUUUGCUUCUGUGUUU